AUGAGUUGGUUCAGAUCAAAGACUUCAAGAACCGAAAUACAACCACCACCUUCAAACGGACAGCAAGACGCCAUGUACUCAUCGCACCAAGAAGAAGUCCUGUUGCAGAUUCAAGGAUGCAGAGCCCAUCUCAUCGACGGAUCCGAAGCGGUGGAGCUCGCCGCCGGAGACUUCGAGCUUGUGCAAGUCUUUGACAACGGCGUAGCCUUAGCUAUGGUCGUGAGGAUCGGAAAUGACCUGCAGUGGCCGGUGAUUAAAGACGAGCCGGUGGUGAAACUCGACUCUCGCGACUACCUCUUCACGCUUCCGGUGAAAGACGGAGACCCACUCAGCUACGGCGUCACGUUCUUGCCAAGAGACGAGAACGACGUCGUCUUCGUGAACAGCAUCGAGUUGCUUGACGAUUUCUUGAGAGAGAACUCGUGUUUCUCUUCUUCCUCUGCUUCCGCUUCUUCUUCGCGAAUUAACAAUGGAAUCGAUUGGAAAGAGUUUGCUCCUAGGAUUGAAGAUUAUAACAAUGUUGUGGCUAAAGCCAUUGCUGGAGGGACAGGGCAUAUCAUUAGAGGGAUGUUCAAAUGCAGUAAUGCUUACACUAAUCAGGUUCACAAAGGAGGUGAGGUUAUGAUCACAAAGGCUGAGAAGAAGAAUGGUUCGUCUUCACAAAGAAAAUCAACCACAAAUAAGAAUCAAAUCAACAAGAAUCUUCUACGAGUGAGGAGACUUUCAAGAGCGACCGAAAAACUGAGCAAGACAAUGUUGAAUGGUGUGGGCGUGGUGAGUGGCUCGGUGAUGGGUCCUGUUGUGAAGUCAAAGCCAGGGAAAGCAUUUUUCUCAAUGGUUCCAGGGGAGGUUCUCUUGGCUUCACUUGAUGCUCUUAAUAAACUACUAGACGCUGCUGAAGCUGCAGAGAGACAAACUCUUUCUGCUACGUCCAAAGCUACUACAAAAAUAGUUAGUGAGAGGUUGGGUGAGAGCGCGGGGGAAGCGACGAGAGAUGUGCUAGGCACGGUGGGACACGCAGCUGGUACGGCCAUGAAUGUGCUCAAACUCCGCAAGGCUUUUUAUCCUUCCUCUUCACUCACAUCAGGGAUCCUUAAAAACGCUUCAAGAAAGUGA